AUGGCGGAAAUCCGUCGCAAGCUAGUCAUUGUUGGUGACGGUGCCUGUGGAAAGACCUGUCUGCUCAUUGUAUUCAGCAAGGGUACCUUCCCAGAGGUCUACGUCCCAACCGUCUUCGAGAACUACGUCGCCGAUGUUGAGGUGGAUGGCAAACACGUUGAGCUAGCACUAUGGGAUACCGCAGGCCAGGAAGACUACGACCGACUCCGACCGCUUUCAUACCCCGACUCGCAUGUCAUCCUUAUCUGCUUCGCCGUUGACUCGCCCGACUCGCUCGACAACGUACAAGAGAAGUGGAUCUCAGAGGUGUUGCACUUCUGCCAGGGCCUGCCCAUCAUCCUUGUUGGAUGCAAAAAGGAUUUGAGAUACGACCAGAAGACUAUUGAGGAGCUGCACAAGACCUCGCAGAAGCCGGUGACACCAGAGCAGGCUGAGGACGUCCGCAAGAAGAUCGGUGCCCAGAAGUACCUCGAGUGUUCCGCCAAGACAAACGAAGGCGUCAGGGAAGUCUUCGAGCACGCCACGCGCGCUGCGCUACUCACACGAAAGAAGGAGAAGAAGAAGUGCUCCAUCCUGUAA